UCAGGCAGUGUUUAUUUGGUAUUAAGAGUUUUACUUAAUUAGAAGAUCAUGAUACCUUUUCAGGAGUUCAGGGAUGUACAAGACUUUUCCAAGGCUUAUCUAUAAGUUGAAGAUUAAUCAGAUAAUUCAGAAAUUAGAACCCUUCAUAAUGAGAAAGUAUAGUAGCUUUCCAUGGCAAUGAAAUCUUAGUUUAUGUAGCCGACCCUAUCAUUAGGAUUAAGACUCCGAUGUUGGUGGUGGACUGGUGGUGUAUAUAUAAGCCAUAAACAGUGUCUAAUUUUACAGUGCUUGCUGCCCUUGUUGGUAAAUGCAAGUUUAAGGGCAGUAAUUUAAUUAGGUGAAUUAGACUAGUUUUCAUGAUGAAUGAUGUACUCACUUUUUAUUUAGUUGAUGAACACAAUGUCAUGAAAUGAAACAUUGAACUAGAAGUAUUAAGUUAAUUGAUUUAUACUACUUUGUUCCAUCUAUCAGGCUUGCAAACUAGGUAGGUUCCUUUAAAUCUCAUGGGGAGGGGUGGGGUGAACCAAGAACGAAAACAAGUACGAAGUAACAAGUAAUGUUGGGUUCGUAGGUUUGAGCCAUCCCUCAAGAAAAAUGUACUUCGUAUGUGUUUGAAUUCUGGGAUCUCCUAAUUAAUCUCUACGAAGGUUUAUCACUCCAUACAUCAAUUUUUGAGUCAAUUUGAAUUCGCACAUUGUAUUUGAAACAAUUCAUGUUCAUAUUAGCUUUUGAAAUUAGGAGUAUACCCGAUUGUAAAAUACAGUUGUGUAUACAUCAAUACAUCUUCCUCACAGUGUAUGUUUUUUAAAUAUAAGUCUUACAAAGUAUAAUUUUUUCAUGGCUUAAAAAUUUAGAACCAAUUUUCCAUUUAACUUCUUGCAAACUCUCUACCUCAUUUACCAGUUUGUAACUUUUCUUCCUCCCAUUAUUUGUUAUACAUCUUCAUAAUUAGUUGCCUUCUGUACGUUGGCUUGUUGCCUUGUUGGGGGUGUUUCCCUUUUGGCCGUGUAGGCGAUGUAGCAGGCAUGUGUGAAUGUGUGAUGAAUAUACGAAGUGCACAAAACUUGGAAACAACAUCGACAAAUAGGUUAUACAAAGUACAAGAAAAAGUAGAGAUGCUGGACAAAAGUAGUUUUGAUGUGAAGUUUGAUCUUUGGGCGCUUAGAGUCCCUCGUGAAAUCUGCAAAACCGCCACUCGGCUACUUGAUGGAUACUUGCUGGAUAGGCCUCGUGUGAAGCCGGUAGCUGAAGAUCCAACAACCGAAAAAAAUCGUUACAUGAUAUUGUCCGAGAAAAUACAGAAUAAAGAUUUGUCUGAUAUCCCCGAGCAGAAACUUGACGAACUCCGGAAGCAUUGUGAGAUAGAAAUGGUUCCUUAUUCAUUGACCCUUGGCUAUUCCUACUGGGGUGCAGAUCAUAUAUUGAAGCAGAUUCUACCUGCAGGACUUGAGGUGCCAUCAUCGUUUGAGACUAUAGGUCAUAUUGCACAUCUAAAUAUCACUGAUGAACUACUUCCAUACAAGGAUGUUAUUGCAGAGGUCAUUUAUGAUAAAAAUUACCCUAGAAUCAGAACUGUGGUCAAUAAAGUUGGCACAAUUACAAACGAGUUUCGAGUUCCAAAGUUUGAAAUCCUUGCUGGCGACAAUGAUAUGGUUACAGAGGUGAAACAAUAUAAGGCGAAAUUCAAGCUUGAUUACAGCUUGGUCUAUUGGAACUCAAGAUUAGAACAUGAACAUAUGAGACUAGUUUCUCUGUUCCAAGCUGGAGAGACCAUUUGUGAUAUGUUUGCCGGUAUUGGCCCAUUUGCUAUCCCAGCAGCACAAAAGGGGUGCUUGAUUUAUGCAAAUGAUUUAAAUCCAGAUAGUAUCCGGUUCUUGAAAAUAAAUGCAGAACUCAACAAGGUCAAUGAUUGCAUCUUCACAUACAAUAUGGAUGCGAGAAAAUUCAUGUCUCAAUUAAUGACUGUUCCAAAUGCUUCUGAUGAUUGCAGCAGAGAGUCUAAAAGUGAAACAGAAAAUAGGAAUAUAGAGGGAGGCAAUAGUGAGAAGAUUGAUCCACCAGUCAGUCCUGCCAAAAGGUCUGCAGAAUGUUGUCAAAAAGAAACACCUGGUACUCACAGCACAAAACGUGGCACUAAUAAGAGGAUGAGGGGUUCUGUACCCUCUGUGAAGCCAUGGGAGCAUGUUGACCAUGUGGUCAUGAAUUUACCCGCUUCUGCAUUGGAGUUCCUUGACGCGUUUAAAGGUCUAAUAUGCCGAAAAUAUUGGAAAGGGCUUCUACCUUGGAUUCACUGUUACUGCUUCAUCCGGUCAAGUGAAACUGAAGAGUUCAUAAUUUCAGUCGCCGAGUCUAGGUUGAAUGCUAAGAUACAUGAUCCUGUGUUCCACAGGGUUAGAGAUGUUGCACCAAACAAGGCUAUGUUUUGCUUAAGCUUCAGACUCCCCGAGGAAGCAUGCCUUGAUGAAGAAGCUAUUGUAUCUUGAAAUUGGUUCAACGUGGUCUUACUUUUUUAUGUGUCCUUGGAAUUUAUGUUAACCAAGAUAGGUUUAAGAGAGUCGUAUCUUUGUUAACCCAGGUUUUUGCAUUUUGAAGAUCUUUACUAACACUAGUUUAGGAGUUGCUUUUGAAACAAAGAGAGAGAGCAAAUAUUAUUGUUAAAUUUUAGCCAUAAUGUGUUAUCAUUUGACUAUAUCGAAUUUGCAUAAAUUAUUGAAAAUUGAAAGAAAGCUAGCAAAACUACUACGAGAUACUACGCGAGUAUUAUAUAUUGAAAAUACUGCGGUUUGUACAACGUAUUUUGUUAUGAUUUUCUAUUUAUUAUAUUUCAGAAAUUAUGGUUAUUACUAAGAAUAGAAA